CCCUUUGGCUCACUUCCCCCAGCGGCCGGGCAUGUCACCAGGGAGCCGGAUGCCCAUGGCUGGCAUGCAGGUGGGACCCCCUACGGGCUCCCCAUUUGGUACAGCUACUCCACUUCGACCUGGCAUGCCACCCACCAUGAUGGACCCAUUCCGAAAACGCCUGCUUGUGCCCCAGGCCCAGCCCCCGAUGCCUGCCCAGCGCCGGGGGUUAAAGAGGAGGAAGAUGGCAGAUAAGGUUCUACCUCAGCGAAUUCGGGAGCUUGUCCCAGAGUCUCAGGCGUACAUGGACCUCUUGGCUUUUGAGCGGAAGCUGGACCAGACCAUUGCUCGCAAGCGGAUGGAGAUCCAGGAGGCCAUCAAAAAGCCUCUAACGCAAAAACGAAAGCUGCGGAUCUACAUUUCCAAUACAUUCAGUCCCAGCAAGGCGGAAGGUGACAGUGCAGGAACUGCAGGGACCCCUGGGGGAACCCCAUCAGGGGACAAGGUGGCUUCCUGGGAACUCCGAGUGGAAGGAAAACUCCUGGAUGAUCCUAGCAAACAGAAGAGGAAGUUCUCUUCAUUCUUUAAGAGCCUCGUCAUUGAGCUAGACAAGGAGCUGUAUGGGCCUGACAACCACCUGGUGGAGUGGCAUCGAAUGCCCACCACCCAGGAAACGGAUGGCUUCCAGGUGAAACGGCCUGGAGACCUCAAUGUCAAGUGUACCCUCCUGCUCAUGCUGGAUCAUCAGCCUCCUCAGUACAAGUUGGACCCCCGACUGGCAAGGCUGCUGGGAGUGCACACACAGACAAGGGCCGCCAUCAUGCAGGCCCUGUGGCUUUACAUCAAACACAACCAGCUGCAGGACGGGCAUGAGCGCGAGUACAUCAACUGCAACCGUUACUUCCGCCAGAUCUUCAGUUGUGGUCGUCUCCGAUUCUCCGAGAUUCCCAUGAAGCUGGCUGGCUUGCUGCAGCAUCCAGACCCCAUUGUUAUCAACCAUGUCAUUAGCGUGGACCCUAAUGACCAGAAGAAGACAGCCUGUUAUGACAUUGACGUGGAGGUGGAUGACCCACUCAAGGCCCAGAUGAGCAAUUUCCUGGCCUCUACCACCAAUCAGCAGGAGAUUGCCUCCCUUGAUGUCAAGAUCCAUGAGACCAUCGAGUCCAUCAACCAGCUGAAGACCCAGAGGGAUUUCAUGCUCAGCUUUAGCACUGACCCCCAGGACUUCAUCCAGGAAUGGCUCCGUUCCCAGCGCCGAGACCUCAAGAUCAUCACUGAUGUGAUUGGGAAUCCUGAGGAGGAGAGACGAGCUGCUUUCUACCACCAGCCCUGGGCCCAGGAAGCAGUGGGGAGGCAUAUCUUUGCCAAGGUGCAGCAGCGAAGGCAGGAACUGGAACAGGUGCUGGGAAUUCGCCUGACCUAACUGCUCAGGGAUCCCUUCCUUUCUUCCCAGCCCAGGCAUCAUCCCCUUCUCAGCCUGGAAGGGACCACCAUCUGAGGCUGCAGACACAUAGCAUAAGGAGCAGGGUGAGGGUUUGUCCUGUUACCCUCAGCUCCCCAGCGUUAGUUUCAUAAAUGUAGCAGUAGGAUUCCUUGUUGCUUGGUCCCCAAAGCCUUAUUACUUACUUUACGCGUUGGCUUUAAUUGGGUUCACAAUAAAUGCCUCUGCUCCCUGCAGGCAGGCCCAGUAGGACUCCUGGGGGCCUGGCUUUGCCAUUGUAAGGGAGAAGGUUCAGAACCAAAGGCCAUUGGC